AUGAGAGUAGCAACUCUUGCCAGGGAUAAUUCCUACGUACUUAACAAAAACUUGUACAAUGAAGUCAACUUAGAUUGGCCGGCAUACUCAGAGGCAGACAAGCAGCUCCUUCAUAGGAAGAAAGCCGAGUGCGGGAUAAAGGACUCUCCAUCGCCCCAAUCACAGCCCUCCCCUCACCAUACAUCGACCAACUCCGGUCCAACUGCUACGGGUAGCCCAAGUACUCAAGCCACCUCCAAGCCUAUCCCAAGCCAUCGGAAGAAACCAGACACUGGCACCAAGUCCUCUACUAAACGGCCACUCUUGCCAGAAGUCAAAGACUACAAGACAAAGAAGCCUCGUAUUGCCCACGGUUCUGCAUCAAUGGGAGCAGGGCCUAAAUCUGUAGACCAGCAGCCCCAACUGAGCCCUAGCAGCGCCCUAAGCAUCACCAAGAAGGUCCCUAGCCCGAUAGGCCUCUUCAAGAAAGUGCCUAGCCCUUCCUCGACCACCAACGCCCCUCCUUCCACCACGACCACCAUCAGCAACUCACCUUCCAGCAACCAUGCGCAACAAAGUGCCUUGUCGUCACCGUCGGUCAGCACCACCCGCAAUUCUCCGGAUUGCUGCGACUCGACAGGCAAUGGCACCAACUCCAGCAUCGCCGCCGCUCCUGCAGUGGUGACUUGCGGAAUCACCAAGUCUUCAAGCAGCAGUAGUAGCCGGGAUCAUAGUCGUGCUUCGGGGCGGAGUGAGAAGAGUUCAAAGACACCGUCAAUCUCCAAGUCUGUCAAAGAGGAGAAGAGGCCGGUUGGCAAGGAGUCCCCCUCUGGAGAUGUUUCUUCCACUUCCGUUGUUCCAGAAUACCAGAUGAAGUACACGACAAUCACAACGGUUGAGCAGCGCAACAGGUAUAAGGAAGACUUCAACAGACUUUAUCCCGAGUACCGAGAGUUCCACAAGUCGAUUGAACGCAUCAAGCAGCAGUUCAAGGACCUGAAAGAUGUGCUGAAUGAGACCAAGAAAGGCAGCAAGGAAUACGAUUCUCUCCAAGAUAAAGUGAUAGAGGAAUACAACAAGAUCACUCAGGAUGAGGGCUAUGGGAAAAAGGAAAAACGUUGGCGGGAGCUCCAUGAUCUUUUAGGUCACAUCAAAACGCUGAUCAUGGCUUACGACACCAGCCCCAUGCAGACGGACAACUCCUGCGGAAUGAACGACCUUCAGAACAUGGCUUUUCCAGAAUGAUGCCUUUCAUUUGUGGUAAUAAAUAGGAAGGAAUAAUCAACUGCAGUAGACUUGUUAGAAUUUUAAACAGUAAAAGUGAAUGUAUGAACAAAUCCUAGCCAACCUGCUCUGCAUGAGAACAAAUUGGUCCUUCAAUCUCUGAAUUGGUUUUGACAAGCAACAAGAUUUCAUUUUGACUUGUGAGGGCAGUUUGAUUUGAUCGAUGAUCUGCAACAAACCUGUCAAGACGUUUGUAUGUUCCAGGGUAUCUUGUGAAACCCGUUCCGAGCCAAUCUGGCAUGAUCCUAUAUUCCAUGACUUGAUGCCAUUCUGGGUCCUGUUUUACAAAACUUGUCAUCGGAGUUCAGUAACGAGCCAUUGUUAACCUAGCUUCUGAAAUGAUGGCAUUUGAUUGGCUGAGAGCCAGUUUGCGAUGCUUGUUAUCAAUAACAAGUGUUGUGAAACACAGGCCCAGAGUUGAUUCAUUAAACACUAAAAUUAAUUUGAAGACAUUCAAAAAAUAAAAUUAAUUUUGUUUUGACAUUUCAUCAGUCUAGAAUGAUUGGUCUUAGAAUUGAUGUUACCUAUUAAUGAAUCACAUCCUGGUUUUCCUACUAAAAGGAAGCAGACCUUGAUAGCUUUUAAUGAUAAUCAAUUUGUAUUUUUUUGCAGAGCAGGUCUGGAAUAUGAAGGCAAAAAUGGGAGAUCAUAUUAGUCCAUUGUCACAAUUUUUUUCUGUCACCUUCAAUUCAUUCAAUUGGUCUUCUUUUUUUUUAACCAUAGAGGCUGGUCUUGGCUGAUUAAUUAUCAAGGGGUGGUUUCGCAAAGAGUAAAAUCUAGAUUACAGUUAAAUUGUAUCUCCAAGUAUUGUGUGGUAGAUAAUGCAGUAAUGUAUUGUUCAGAUAUGCAGAGGGCCCUUGUUCUGUUAAAUUAUCAAUAAGAUUACAUGUUGAAUAACUAUCAUAUAAUGCCUACUAAGCUUGUUGUAUGCAAGCUAAUGGGAAGCCGAAAGUCUAACCUUCAUAACCGUUGCACAUGUACCUUCCAAAAUGUACCGUUGCACGGCUAAGGAGGCGACUUUACAAUACAGUGCAAUUCAAAUAAAUGCAGGUGCAGUUCGCAUUUUGCCUACUGGCUAAAUGCGCUCUGUUGCUGCUGAUGCGUGCUUGAUGCUUACAGUAAAACUGUCCUCAUUUUCAUUAUUGUAGGAAAAAAAAUUAUUCUUAAUUUCGCUAACUUCCAAGGCAUUGUACUAACACAAAUAGCAAAUAUUCCUAUUCCUGCAAUGGUACGACAUUUCGCAUUCUGUGAUAGCGAGACACACCCUUUUCAACUCGGCUAUGCCUCAACGAAAAGAGCAUCUUUCUUUUGUGUCAUGCAAAAUCUUGUACCAUCAGACUUAUGCCUCUUCCCUAUUUGAUUACAUACGUACAUUUUAGUGCUCGGAAUCACUUUAAGCCACAAUUCAUUCUUUGUGAAAUCAUCCCCUGAUUAUAAAGUGAUAAUUGCAGUGACAAAGAAUUCUCUUGAAGCAAUGGUACAUUGAAUUAAUGUUGCCAUGAUUAUUACCAUGUCAGUGCCAUUUGAGCCAAGGAAAUCAAUUUCCCAAAUCCCAUUUUUGCCUGCAAAAUUAUGAAAUACAAACAAAGUGAUACGAUUUACUGCUAUAUAAGCCUUAUUUAUGUGUACAGAGAAAGAGAGUAAAUUAUGAAGAAAAAAAUACCAAGUGUUUAUUGAUAUAUAUAACAGAUAACGGUCAUCAUUGUUUACUGUGUAUUGAAUUGGCUGCCCCUUUGUAUCUCAGAAUCUUUCAAGCUGUUCAUUUUUAUAUCCAAUAUGUGUAGAAAAAAAAAGGGAUGGCAUUUGAUCUUGUUUAUGCUUUGAGCGAAUUCAAGACAUUGAUGGAAUAUAGGUUAAUGUAAUUUCCUUGGGCUUUUGAGGGUAUUUGUGGCAAAAUGGAAUUGUUUAACCCCAUUGCUGGAGUGGUGUGGCAAAAUAUAUUGUUCCCAAGAAUCAAGAUUGAAAACUUGUUUGUAAUUCAAUGCUGUAUUUGUGUAGUCAGUAGAAAGUUAUCGUAGGCCAAGAGCUAGAAAGACAUUAUCAUGUAUAUCAUUUUGUAAAACAGGGUUGUCACACCCUUCUGGCAUUUAAGAAUAUAAUUCAAUUACAAUCAACCUGAUACAUGUACCGGUAGUAUGAUAAGUACGUUGCAUUUUGAUUAGGUUGCCACAGCUAUUCUCAAGCUUGUCUUAAAGGAUGGAAUUCUUUCAGCAGUUACAUUCAUAUUGCCAGGGGAUGGAUUCUUUUCUUUGAAUAAUGUCAUGUUAUUUGACCCUGUUUUGGAAGUUUGGAAUAUGUGAAACCCUCAGGGUCUCUUUUAUUUAAUGAGAAAUUGAGCUCGUGCCAUCGUUUGUUUGGGAGACUCAAUCCAGCAGUAUUAUUUCAUUGAACAGCUUGGAGGAUUGUGAAAAGAGAGAAAAAUAAAACCCUUGCCUGUCAGAUACUUAACGCCCUCCAUGAAUAGUGACCCUCUUGUACCCCUCGGGGAGUGAGUGGAAGAAUCCUAAUAUGUAUACAUGCAUUGAUAUUCCACAAGGCAUAUUAGGAAUGUUCCACUCCAGGUCAGGGGGUUGACUGAACAAAUUAUUUAGGAGGGAUGAUGUUGUGAUAUACCGCUGUACAAGUAAUAUAGAGGCAUAUAAUGAACUUCCAUUCAAUUCUUUGUGAGGAAUUUAAUUAUUCCCGAACAAACUUCAAAUUCGGAAUGAUUUCAAUGAAGUUAUCUAAACUGCUUUUGUUUUUAAAUUAAAAAAAAGAUAUCAUUAGAUUUUCUUGAUAAUGAUAAUUUUUAAUGACCUCCCAUCUUACCCUACCAGUGACCCCUUCAUAAGUCCAUUCAUAGACAGCAUGCUGUUGACAUUCCUUACAUUCCAGAGCACCGUGUCCAUUACCCUUAGGAGAGUGUACAUUGCCAGACUACACAAAUGUUCUUGUCUGGUAGUCUUAGACAAUCAGCCCUUGUACUGUACCUGACAUGCCUUCUUAUGGGAGAAGACAGUUUAAUAGUCUAUCGGCAUGAAAGUUGAGGAAGGAAAAGAGAUGCCGAUAUUGGAUCUGUCUAAAGAACUAGUUGCGUGAUUCGCCGACUGACUGAUCACGGUGUCCUUAUUUGUUUUAGUGUAAGCCAAGUGCCAGACUGUUGAAACGCUGUGACAAUCGCUUGGCAUGUGUAACUCGAUUCAUGAUGGUAGUAUAUGGUAGAGCAGACAUUUCUGGGUAUCACUGACUUUUAAGGUCUGGUGAUGGAGACUACAUUUACUGACAUCGUUUUCCAAGUGGUCAUAGAGUAUGCUGAAUCACAGGGAAGCGUUGCCUUACUUUUCUCUUUUCCUGUCCUCUUUGCCCUUCCCCGUCCUCCUCCCAAUCAGCGGUUCACAUCGUUGUUGAUGUUCGGUUAUAGACCUCGAUAAGCCCUUGUUAUGGUAAUAGCUCUGCAUUCCGGCGAUGGGGUAUCCCCUACCGGUUAAAGUGGAACAGCUGAUUGGAUCCGAGAGGUUGAUAUCGGAAUGAAAGCCCGGGGUGGGCCAGCGGGCUGAUUGAUCGUCUCAGUUUAGUCUUGUGCUGCCACGUGACACGUCACGCUUUUUUGUCCUUCACCCCCAAGCACCUAUCAACUUUCUCCCUCUCCUUGUCUCUCUUCUCUCUGUCUACCUAUUCUUCUUUCAGCUCUAGCUGUAUGUGUAGCCGUACAUUCCAGUGAGUAAAUAGUGCAUGUUAAAUUAGUCAUCAUUAUAUUAACCCCCCCCCCCCCAGCAAAACUACCAAAACAUAUGUUAAGAAUAAUGUACGCGUUGCUUGAUAUUCAGGUGUCUUCCCCUUGUUUGGUUCCCGACAUGUCAUGUACGAGUAUACAUGUACUUACGAAGAUGCAUGAUCCUUACAAAUACUUGCCCCCUUUCAGUAUAGUUCACACCCCUGAAUUCUUUUCUCCAUUAGAUGUCUUCACGCCUAUGCCCCUCCCCUUUUGUGUUGCUCCUCCCCCCUUCAAGGUCUUCUUUGUGUUUAGGGAAUUUCCCCUUUGCCUGUUUGAAGGUUAAUUAGGUCAGUGGAAGGUUUAACUGGAUGUUUGUGCGUCAUUAGAAUUGGCCAUGGUGAUGGGCAGUGAAAUAGGACGUACUUAUGCAGCCUUCCACGUCCUCUUGAUAUGAUGAAAUACACAAAUCUUGUAGAGAUGAUACUGUGAAGUGGCAUACUGUUGCUUUGAAAAAAUAUCUUCUUUCAUCCCCCCCCCUGCGUAUUGUCUUGGUUGCUUCUUGUAGACGUGAAUGGUUCGUCUGAGUAUGGACUUGCUCCUCUAAACGAUGUCAUCCUUAUAUUUUCCAAGCUUUUCCUCGUUCCCACAAAGUCAGUAUUGGCAGCAAUCCUCUUGUCACUAAUUUGGUCAUGGACGCUCGUAGACCAUGAUCCAAGAGACACGUUACUCGUGUCAGGAUGUGUAUAACCGUGCACAUAUUGUGAGUGCUUCUUACCAGAUGUACAGUAGCACAAAUGAAAAUCGCACAGCAAGCUCAAUGAAAGAGUUUCUUUCUUUCAGAUGUUAGUGAAUCAACCCUACCCUCCACCCCUCCUCUUUAGUAAUAAAUUGUCUCUUAAUUAAAAAUGAUAUCACAUGUAAAAGUUUGAGUAUCUGACAGGCAAUGGUUUUUUUUUUUUUUUAAGUAUUCUUAUUUUUUGUGCUGAAUAUAAUGUGAACCAUAAUGGACAAUGUUUUCAUGACCAUGGACUACGGACAAUGUGUAUAUUGGCCCUGAGGGUCACUUUUUGAAUAAUUCUUUUCUUUUUCUUUCUGAAAUUGAUUGAACAUCUGUCGAUGUUCUCUAAUUGUGGCUAAUCUUCUUGUCAUCAUCAUCUUUCCUCCUUGGUGAGAGUGCCUAUGAUAUAAUCACUGCAUGCCUAACUUUUAUGCUAAAUGUAUCAAUUU